AUGGUUUGUACUCUACAUUAUGCUUACUCUACUAUACUUGGUACUCUACUACCAUCUGCCGUACUUCGCAGUGUUGACAGUUCGCAUUUCUCGAAUAGUUGUCUUCAAAUCAUGGGGAAAAAAAAGCAGGAGAUGUCCCAGGUAUAUGGAAGCAACGAGUUCAUAUUUGGAGAGCGGGGUGGCCGUGGGAAACAUCUAUCAUCUUUUUUGAAGAAUCUAUCUCUUACAGGCUCGUCAACUCGUUCGGGCGAGGCUGAAGACGAUGUCAAUCGCAACAUUUACGGAGAACUUUCUUAUGGUCCUGCCCAAUCUAUGCAACGAAGAAGCAGCUCAUCGGUAAGACUGUCUGGUAGGUCCGUCUCAGGACCGGUAGGAAGCUCAUAUGCUCACAUGGGUGUGCCUGAGAAGAAUCUCUCCUUGUACUCAAAUCAGUCUAUCGCCAAUUCAAAUCCCAGCUUAAAGAAAUCAACAAAAUUAAAGUACAAAGACUUAGAUGAUGACUGGGAUGCAGACUUGGAAAAGGUGGACGAGGCACCCGUGGCGAAGACCACAAAAAGCUUUUCAAAUAGCAACCCUCGCUACGACAAUCAGAUGCCAGUAAUGGUUGAUUCAUUAUAUCCGGACCUCAUACCGGUGUCGCAACCGGCUCUACCAGACAAGGACUCUAUGGACUACGAGGAUCUCAAGAUGAAGAUGGAAGUGAGUCGAUUGAAUCAACUCAACAGUAAAUACAUGAAGUUUCACAAGGUGCUAACUUCUGAUGCAAACAUCGACUUAACUGAGCUUCGAAAACUCUCGUGGAACGGGAUUCCGCAGGAACUACGGGCUUUGUCAUGGCAACUUCUCCUUGGCUACUUGCCUACCAACCAUUCAAGACAGCAGUCCACACUCAAAAGAAAACGUCAAGAAUACGCAGAGGGCAUCAAUACAGUGUCCAAUAUUGACCUAGACGAAGACGCAGCAAAUGCCAAUGCUGAAGCGUCUCGCUCCGAGUUGUCUCUCCCGUCCACCACAAGUUCGAACCGCGAUAAGCAAAUAUACCACCAGAUCAAAAUUGAUGUCAAGAGAACUAACCCCACCAUCAAACUCUAUGGCUACCCAGCCACUCAGCGGUCGCUUAGAAAAGUUUUAUUUUUGUGGGCCAUUCGACACCCGGCGAGUGGUUACGUCCAAGGUAUAAAUGAUCUAGUCACUCCUUUCUAUCAGAUCUUUCUUCAAAACUAUCUUUGGCAAUUACAAAAGAAAAGAACGGGAGAAGGUGAGGAGCUCUUCAUUCCCAACUUGCUCGAUGAUAAUGAUGAAUGCGAAAAGGCUAUUUUGGACGACCCUCAAUUGGCCAGGUUGUCAGCAGAUACCUUUGAUCCCGGUAGGCUUUCCAGUAGAGCUACAUUAAUCAUAGAGGCGGAUACAUACUGGUGCUUGUCAAGGCUUCUUGACAAUAUUACUGACAACUACAUUCAUGAACAACCUGGUAUUAUUCGGCAAGUUGGUGAUUUGCGGAAUUUGAUCUCCAAGAUUGAUGUGGAGUUACUACAGCAUUUCGAUAGCGAAGGAAUCGAGUUCCUUCAGUUCUCGUUCCGGUGGAUGAACUGCUUGCUCAUGCGAGAAAUUUCCAUCCCGCUAAUUAUUAGAAUGUGGGACACAUACUUGAGUGAGACUCCACUCGGGUUCAACAGUUUCCAUGUUUACGUAUGUGCGGCAUUCUUGAUCAAGUUUAGUAAUGAACUCAAACACAAGGAAUUUCAAGAGAUUAUUCUCUUCUUGCAGAACCCACCAACAAGUGGAUGGACAGAAAGAGAUGUGGAACUUAUGCUCAGUGAAGCUUUUAUUUGGCACAGUCUCUACAAAAAUGCAAGCGCCCAUUUGCGCUAA